AUGAUUGCUAGGUAUCGUUUUUCCGUUCCGGUGGGUCUUUGCGCCACGCUGUUGCUGGUGUCUGUCCUUCAAGCCGGCGCUAGCGAUGCGAUAUUUAUACAGCCACUCCCCGGCGAAAAGAACAUCUGCACCGCACCCGAGGGCGUAAAGGGAAUCUUGCUGACCCUCAAGAAGACGGACACAAGCAUUUCUUUUUCUUGUGAAUCCACAGAAGACAUGACGCUCUACCCACAGCUUCCAACUACCACGUUCUUCGUACAGGAAGAUUGCAAGUUCGAGGAUGACUUGCAAAACGUCUGCAAAGGUGCUGCCAUCAAAAAACUGGAAGGAGCUGAGCAGCACACGUACAUGCUCAGUAUGCCGCUGCCGGGGCGUACAUCACGUGACUUGUACUUCAGCUGUGGAAAGCGUCCUGCGGACGACGUGAGCAGUGCCAAGAGUGAACCUGCGCCAAAGUCUCCGAAAAAAAAUUGCAUUGUAAAAAUCAAAGUCGAACCAACUGACGAGGAGGUCAGCAGUGGACCAGGUGGGCCGGAGCAGAACGACAAUCAUCUGGGCGAUGAGCAAGGCUCCGGCAUCACUGAAUGCCGGAGCGGUAGCGUCACUGCGAGUCUGUCUGUGGAGAAGCCUCUUACCUUCGAAUGCGGCGAGAGCUUGGUGCUUGAGCCGAAGUCUACUGACGACGUGUUCGACGACAGCGACGGCGAGUGCCGCAUAGCGGUCAAGCUGUCGAGUCUCCUGGAUGCAGCGAUGAAGAAGUUAAACGACAAAAAGGAGAAAUACACUCUCACCGCGAGCGCGGCACCCCUGAACCAUACCGCUCUCUGCUACAGGUGCGUAUUUUCUGAGCAGGCCGCAAAGCCUCCGCCUUCUCGUUCCAUGAGAUCAGGGGCUGAAGACAAGAAGGAAUGCACACUGAAAGUUUAUGUAAAGGGAACGUCGGGUGCAGCGUCUUUGGGCGCAUCUAGUUGGCCAGCUUUUGCGGGUGCCAUGGGGGCGUUCUCGCUUGGCCUCAUUAUCGGCUGGAUGUAG